AGUCAAAUAUCAGUUGGCAGCAUUAUUAGUAAAUAGGUACAUCACUGAAAAUGACGUAUAUUGUUUCUUGAUCGCCCACCCACACGUCUAGUUUGAUUUCGAUAAAAAUAUUGUGAAUAUAGUUAUUCUAAACACGUUUUGUUGUGUUAUAUCAUUUCGGGCUAUGUGGCGAUUUUUAUAUUAUGUGCGCAGCUCGCAUUUCACUGUGCCCGUAGUUUAUUAAAGUGGUUUUCUUGACGGGCGUGAACGUAUGGGACAGUUAGAUGUUUUGUAAUUAAUUCAUACGCCCACCAGCUUGUGACAUUCUGAUACUAUCUGUUGAUGUGCGGUGUUUUGCAUGGCAGAAAAUAGUUGAUAAAGUUGUGACGAUGUCGCUACAGAAAAGUGUUAAGAGCAGCAAUGGAGGUGAUAGGAGUGAUCUGGCGGAUACAACCUCGAUAUGUUCUUCUGUGACCACACAGCCUGAUAGGCACGGCUUUUUUGGUGGUGCUCAAUACAGUCCAGAACCUAAGCGGACUGUGUCGCCGAGCACGAUACUGAAACGGGAACAGAAAUGGCUGCGUAUGCUUGACAAUUGGGAAGCGUUCAUGAGCAAAAAUUAUAAGAAGGUUCGCGAGAGGUGCAGGAAAGGUAUACCGGCAUCAGUAAGACCCAAGGCGUGGCUGUACCUGUGCGGUGGGCAGCUGCUACUUCAGAACCACCCUAACGAGUAUGAGGAGUUGCUCCAGGCCCCCGGUGACCCUAAAUGCAUGGAGGACAUCAGGAAGGACCUUCACAGACAGUUCCCCUACCACGAGAUGUUUAUAAGGGAAGAAGGGUUGGGGCAGCAAGAGUUGUUCUCCGUGCUGAAAGCGUAUUCAGUGCUAAAUCCGAAGGUUGGCUACUUCCAAGCACAGGCGCCGGUCGCCGCGUUCCUACUGAUGCACAUGCCCGCCGUGCAGGCCUUCUGGUGCCUGGUCAGCAUCAGCGACAAGUACUUGAAGGGCUACUACAAUCCGGGACUCGAGGUGCUGCAGCGCGACGGCGACAUUCUACAUGCGCUGCUGCGACGGACGGCGCCGGCUGUUCACCGGCACCUGACCAAGCACAAGGUGGAGCCGGUGCUGUACGCUACCGAGUGGUUCCUGUGCGCCCUCACACGCACUCUGCCCUGGGACAGCCUGCUGCGCGUCUGGGACUGCUUCCUGUGCGAAGGGGUCAAGGUUCUAUUCAAAGCGGCGCUGGUAAUACUGGCUGGUGCAUUGGGCCCUGCAAAGGUGCGGAAACGCGCCUGCGGACUCUGCGAGACCCUAGAGGUUCUCCGACACCCCCCAGAGAGCAUCCUGGGAGAAGAGUACCUCAUGUACCACAUGCAAAGGUUGAACCUCACGGAAGAGGACUUCGAGUUUGAGCACCAACGGCAGACGGCCAGGCGGCGCGCCAUGCCCAAUAGAAGUGGCAGCUGAUUCAGCGACUGCUCGUACAAGCGUUAUUCGAAGAAUAACGCACGGGACCUGUUCAACACUCUAUGAGUACGCGAGUGCAAUACUGACUGCCAAGUAAUUAUAUACCUUAAGUGCUUUGUGAUAAUGACGUUAGUGGUACGAGACGAAACCGAACUUACGACUGUCAGUGAUAAGUGCGACAAACCAAUAUGAACCGUAUAAAUUUAGUGUAAAGUCUACAAUCGCAUGCACAAGUAUGACGGGAGGAUUGAAAAGGUAAUUGGUGUGAAUUUGGGCCGCUUUCGUGCCUAGUAAGGCCGCUUGCACAUUGGCGAUCAGGUAUUUGCGAUUAUUAUUCAUUGGUAACUUGUUUCUAUUGUAAUCAAAUCAUCAAUCUCCAAUUUGAGGUGUGCCUUAGAUACUGUACCUAUCUGUACGCAGCUACAUACUGUAUAUUCCGGUUGAUUCUUUUACAAUACGUUAUUGCAGUAUAGAAAAGACAUAAUUUAUUUUUCUACAACUAUUUUUAAGAUGCAUAUUCUACUGUUAUUCUUGUGUUAUUUUUUUUUUAUUAAGUCAUCGAGAUAAACUUGCUAUGAACGAUAGAGUUUCUAUUUAUUUACAUAUAUGAGUGUACUUCAUAAUGAUAGUAAUGAAUAAUCGCUUUUUUUU